AUGCUCGAAUCGGCUGGUCCCCAGAUCGAUCUAAACUUGGAACACAUGGCACAAUAUAGGGACCGUUACGUCUCCUUGUCGAAGCCACCGAUUGUGUUUCGUCCGCCUGCCGUUCCUUCGGGCACCGAGCCCGAAAAUGAUGUGUCUGGGAGCAGGACCUUGAAGAGGUGUGACCGUGACUCCGGUCAUGACUCCGUUCGAGCCGAGAACCCGGUGAAUCUCCAGGCGGGGUUCAUCAUCUCCAUCAUCGUCAGUCUCAUCCUCAUCCAUGGAGUCAAAAAUAACAACCGCUUCUACUUCCUGCCCUGGGUGAUCUGGGCGUCGCUGGAGAGCAUCUUCACGUUCUCGACGCUCUUCUUCACCAUCUUCGUCGCGGCGAACACGGAGGCCUCGGCCAUCGUGUACGUCGUGAUCGUGCUGCUCGUCGUCGUCGUCGCCCUCGUCUAUUUCCUCCUGCUCGUUCUCUCGUAUUAUCUGGAACUGCGAGACCAGUUCUACAAUCAGCCCGAGAACGAGCCGAAGCCCCUGGAUCGGAUCCCUGCUUGAGUCCGGAUGUUCCCACCGAUACGACGAAACGGAAAACUUAAAAAUAAAACCGGCCGAAAGAAGUAAACGAGUUAAAGGAGAUCUCGACAAAAUUCAGUGCUCCGAUCCCCAUCGAGGGAAACAGCAAAAUCUUCCUCGAUGUUUAUGUGUUCUCUCGAAAGGUAAAUAUUUGACUGGAAGUCGUGACGGGGACCAGCCGCCAGGAAACCGCGAGGUGUCGAAUCGGGCAGGUGGGUAUUGCGGAUAUGGCGGAAAUGAGAUGACGUGGGUCGCGUCGUCCGUGCUUCGUCAGCCUCGAUAAUGAUAUCGAAGUUCUUGUCACGAUGAAACGCAUCAAUUCACUCUCUCUCUUUUGCCCUUCCCCGUGGAUCCGAUGGGAGGUGGGACUCUGUGCACGAAAUGCAACUCCGAAGCACAUGCUUCGACACGUAGACGCAAAAGCUUCUUCAUUCGUUGAGUUUUUUUUUUUCUUUUCUCUGUUUGUUGGUCCUUGUGAUGCAAUAAAUAUAUAGCCAUCGUGU